AUGAGUAGUGGUGUAACGCUAAUGGCCCUGCUUAUUAUUCUUCUCGGCUUGCUUCUCGGCGGCAUCUAUUGCCUCGAGGAAAUAAACUCUAUCCCCAUUAAUUACGAUUUUGCCACUCAAGUCAGCAGAUGGGAGCAAACUCCCUCAUAUGCCCCCACUCCUGGUAACUUCGGCCGCGAAUAUACACCAUCUAUAUAUUGCCCCUCCCCCUCCCGUACAGAUGGCGAACCAUCUACUCCCUUGCAUCGACUCGAGUCUGGCCGUCUUGGCUUCCUUGAUGAUGCUGAACUAAACAGAGGGGCAUAUAAUGAGGAUGCUCCUAAGUCUACAAAUUAUCUUAUCGAGUGGAAGGUGACACUCAAUAAUCGACCCUUGGCGAAGGACACCGAACAGGACCUGGUCUUUAAGCCUAGUUCGUACUGGCAGCAGAUAAAAGAGAAGGCUGAACGUAUUUUGCAACGGAAAAAAUCACGUAACCAACGAGUGCGGCCAGAUGAUACCACUGUUGUUGUUGCUGUAAACGAACGUUCACAACGUGAUCUUACUAAGCGCUUUGAAAACACAGAUAUUGAUUGGACCGCUAUAGAGAAGCAACUUCUGCAGUGGGAGAAUCUAUUUCGUCAGGGCAAGAAGCUCAGACUCUUUAUAUCUAUUAACUAUUUAGAGGACAGCAACCCGUCUCCAUCAAAGACCGACAAAAGAGGAAACACAUCAACAACCAAUGGAAUGCUUUGUGACCUUGAUGAUCAGGUGACUGCCGAGAACUCCACAGGACAACCUUCAGUGUGGCGCGAAGUAUAUAGGAAAAUGCGCUGCCCUGGACCACCGUGUCAUCACGAAGGGCAGUACUGUUGGGUGGAUCCAGUUGGAAAAAAACAUUAUAAAAUGAGAACACAUCAUAUGAAAGCCCUGGUAAAGUAUGUACAGCAAGGGGGUAUCCUAGAGACCCAUGAUGAUAUUCCCGAUACGGUUCGGGACCAGUUAUACGCAGAAGAGCGGCAGCGAACCGAGAAACGACAAAAAGGCCCAGAUCCUUCCACAAGUGGAUCUAUAUAUCCUCCAAUUAAUAUCAAUUUUGGCCCGACCCAGUCAUCUCAUCCACCAAUAACUUCCCACAGCUGUACUGAAACAACUCCUACUGUUCAAGUUGAUUCCAUGGAUAUUCCCGGGCCGACUGAAGUAGCGGUGGAAGAAUAUACCAAUUGGCAUCUAUCACAAGUGAGCACUGAGAACUUCAGGGAAAAUAUUCGGAAAGCGCGUGAUAUUGUGCUGGAUAAUAUCCGAUAUUCGGCUAAUACCGAAUAG